AUGUCUGACGCCCCAGCCACCGGAAGCAAAGUAACCUUCAAAAUCACGCUAACCAGUGACCCCAAACUGCCAUUCAAAGUGCUAUCUGUUCCCGAAUCCACUCCCUUCACAGCCGUCUUGAAAUUCGCCGCCGAAGAAUUCAAAGUUCCCGCCGCCACUUCAGCUAUCAUCACAAAUGAUGGAGUUGGCAUAAAUCCAGCACAAUCUGCUGGGAAUAUUUUCUUGAAACAUGGCAGUGAACUUCGCCUAAUUCCAAGAGAUCGUGUAGGAAGUAAUUGA